GCCAGUCGACCCAGUAGUGUCAAGAUCCUCGACCGAUACAGAGGAAUGGCAAGAGGUGAAGGACAUCUCACUGGAGGCCACAGGAGCUUUGUGAAGCCAGCAGGGCACAACACAUGGAAAGACGACCAACAAAUCACUGUUGAUGAGAGGAGUGAAACUUCAACCCAGCAUGUUAUCGUGAUAGAGUCUGCGGAUGCAGAGGCUACAGGUCCUGGGGUCAAACAGGAGAGGUCUGAAGGAGAGGAAGACCUACAGCACAGCAGAGACAUCCAGGCUGGAGCGCCCCCUGUAGCCACAGAGGACCCCGCCCCAGCGCAGCCCAGGACCCGACACAGCAUCAGUGGACUGCAGAACGCUGUCCUCAAGUCAGAGUCCAGCACCGAGACUUUAACUGUAACACACAGGUUCUUACACACAGGAUCUGACCACAGAUCAGACCCAGAGAGACUAGGGCCACUGGCCUGUCCUCCUGCUCCCGGCUCAGAAUAUUUACCAGUAUUUCACCAGAGCCAGAGGACGGUUAAUUCCUGUGGGGAUGUUGAGGGUGAUGCGUUAGACACUGGCAGUGAUGAUCCAUCUUGUUCUUACGCUACAGAAAUAGAUCCUGGCAAAAUGCCCUUGGGUUUAGAGACACAGACUGAUCUGUCUAGAGGUGACUGGAACCGGUACAGUAAUAGGUUAUACUCUGAAGGGUGCCUAGAUAAGAAAGAGGAGGUUAUAAUGGUAGAUGAGGUGAAAGUGGAGGGUGAAGCUCCUCCCACAUGGAAUGCAGAUAGUCACCUAGGAGACAGACACUCACAGGGCAGAGAUUUCUUAAAUUACAGGGGAAGCUUAGAGAAAAAUCUAAAUGUCGCCACCCACUCCUCUUUACAUGCGUUCAGGGGUCGUGACCCAGUGUUCACGUCGAUGGCACCUUCCGAUUCACAUAGCGACGUCCUUUUCGAUCAGUUAUUGAACUCAAACAACAUGGCUAGAGCCCAGGCUCAGGGGGAAGGAGCCACAUCAGGCAAUAGUAAAGAGAAAAGAUUCCUCUGCAUGUUCUGUCACAAAGGCUUCAGUUGUCCCCAGAAGGUGGAGAGGCACCAGAGGGUCCACACAGGGGAGAAACCCUUCAGCUGUACCCAGUGUGAGAAGAGGUUCUCCCGCCAGGACAACCUGAAGAUGCACCAGAGGGUCCACACAGGGGAGAAACCCUUCAGCUGUACCCAGUGUCACAUGCGCUUCGCCCUGGCAGGAAACCUGAAGAUGCACUUGAAGGUCCACACGGGAGAAAGGCCAUUCGCCUGUACGCACUGCGGGAAGAGAUUCUCAGAGAGGAGAUACCUCAGGAUACACCAGCAGAAAAACCAUGCCAUUCUAUGAUAUAGAAAGUAACCAUUCCACUCGAUAGCUUCUGACGUUUAGAUCAAACCCUGCAUUAAAGACAAAGAUGAAUGUCAGCAGAAUAGAUCCACUGAUUACUUUUGACUUAUCAUAGCUGCCUUUUUUCAGUAUAGGACUCAAAUGUAAUGGGGAUGGGUAAACUCUCCAUGUUGAUAGUGUGUUUAUUAUCUAUCUGUGUGUUCAUAUAUGUCUGUGUCCUCUGGAUCACCUCUCUUCCAGGAGGAGAAUCCAGAGUGUCAAUUUAUAUAUUACACUAGAUGACUGAUAAGGGGCUCUGCUUUGAAACCGCGCCUCCAUUUUGGCACUCCCCCACCCAUGUAAAAAAAACAUUUUGGAAGCUCCAGAAAUGCAUUUAUUAAUGUCUACAUUUGUUUUUGCCAUGUUUAUUAUAAUACAGACAUCUUAAUGCAUACUUUAAAUUAUAUUAUGUAAGCUAAACAUAAUUUUUUUGAAAGUAAAAUGGAGAAAAAAAAAUUAUACUUAAGGAAAAUGUUAAGGUUCUAAUAUUACUGUCCCUACUAGGAAAAUAAAUACUUAAAGCUGCAAUAUGUAACUUUUUGGUGACCUGACCAAAUUCACAUAGAAAUGUGAGUUAUAGAUCUGUCAUUCUGAUUGAAAUCAAGCA